UCUACAAUCAUAAUAAUCCAAUUUUCUCCACAUUUCCCUUUAGAAAUAAUAAUGUCGAUUAUUUCAAUUUCUUCUUCUUCAACCUUCCUUCGUUCCACCAAUAUCCAAUCCCACCGCCGCCGCCAUGGAUCCAACCUUAACACAACUCACAUCUUACCUUUCCCAACUACCACUAAUCCCAAAUACUCAACUUCUUGUAGACAUAAUAUCGAUAUGGCCAUUUACAGCAGCGGCGACGCCAAUGGACUUCCACCUCUUCCUCCUCUCCCUGACACUCCUUGGCCAUUAUGGGUAGCUGGAGUGCUAAUGUCUGCAGUUCUAUCCAUUUGGCAGACCAAGAGCUAUUGGGGUCCUUUUCUAACCUUAAAAGAGAAAGUUGAUAAAGUGGUGGAUGUGGUGGAGGAGGUGGCAGAAAUGGUGGAGACGGCAGCGGAGAGAGUGGAUAAGGUGGCGGAAGAGAUUGCGGAACAUCUCCCGGAAGGCAGCAAACUCCAAAAGGCUGCAUUAUUUGUCGAAAAUGCAGCCGAAAGGAUCGCUAAGGAUGCGGAUUUGGCAGGAGAUAUUAUUGAUAAGCUUGAGGCCGCGGAAGAGGAGUUGAGUUCAUUUAUUAAGCAAAAUGGAGAAAGUAAAGAAGUAGAAGACUCAAAGCAAAAGAAUGAUCAAACUGAAGCCCUCGACGAACAAAGCCAAGGAGCAACCUCUUAAUUAAAUGAUAUGAUAUAUAUGGUUUAAUAACUUUAAAAUGGAAGCUACUUGCCAAUUUAGACAAUAGUUUCUUAGAUCAAGCGCACCUAUUACCACUCUAAAUGUUCUAUCGUUGAACACAUAAAAAAUAUAUAUUUGUUAUAUAUAAAGAUUACAUUAUAGGACUAAGGGUUCAUUGUAGCCGUUUUUAUUUUCUUUUCUUAUUCUAGUGCCACAGUUCAAAAAAUUAAAAUA